AUGCAUUUACAGGUCGGUGUGCGUGGUACCACAUAUCAAUAUGUUUACAGUAAGCUAGCCAGAGGUUUCGGCACCAAACCUUCUAUAAAUUCAUUUCCGGCAGUCACAGGAAGUGGCCCCUUCAUUGAAUUGCCACGUAUUGAGCCUUUUAGCACUCACGAUAAGGGUCAACGCUUACAAUUACCUCAAAGAUCAAGAAUGAACACUCGUCUUGACUCAAUGAUCUACUUGAUUGAGGAUUACGAGGGGUUCACUCGCAAUUUGAAAGCUCUACAUGGCAAGAUGUGGUAUCAAGAAAUCAAACUGAGUUGCUCGAACACCUUGUUCUACUCUUUUGACCUAUCAGAGGCUUCCAAUUUCGCUCUUUUGAAGGUUAAAAAAGGAGAUAUUUGGAACUUGAAAAGCUCAUACUACUUGGCGGCUUGGACUGGUUAUGACUUGCAAAUAGAUGAGACGAAAGCUGAUUUCAAUUUGCGAGGCAAUGGCUUUUUUAUCGCCCGCGGAUCGGGCCCACUAUAUCAAGUGGAGUUGAAGGAUGGUCAGGAAAUUCUGAUUAACUAUAGUUCAUUUGUUGGAACAUCAGCAAAUAUUGUGCGCAUAACUUCAAGGCCGCUCGUAGAGUCUCGGGGUAGGUCAAGAAUUUGGCAUCGCAUCUGGAGCAUGAUUCAAGUUAAUCUGUUUGCGACACAGAAGAUCGAAAGAAUUUCAAAGCAAACAGAAACGUUAGGAAUAAAUCAUGCCUUUGAUUGGGUGGACAAGAAAAGAGAAAAAAUCUUUCUGGUUAAAGAUCAGUUCUGUCUAGUGAAAGGGCCAGGUAUGGUGGUAAUUCAAAAUAAUGUAUCGUAG